AUGACUUUUACAAAGAUGGCACUGGAAUACUUACCGAUGGCAGGUUUGGUCCUGGUAACGCAAAAGAAUUUAAAGGCAAAGGAUGGGUGGGAUGGUCUUCCAUGCAAUCUUACUCAAGCACAAUAUAUCGACAUGAUAUUUGAAUUUUCUGGUGUGAGAAAGUUCACAGAUGUUACACUAACUGUGAAUGUUAACAAGAAACGCAGUAAUGCUAUAUUUAAUAGAUCACAGAUAUUCUUCUCUUCAACCAAAGACAGUUUCUUAAACGCAUCAUUUAUUCAGCACUAUCCAAAAAAUUAUAAUCCAUACAAUGCGAAAGUAACUUUGUCACUUUGUGAAAAUACAGCAAGGUUUAUGAAGUUGCGGUUAUAUUUUGGUGGAGAAUGGUUGCUAAUCUCUGAGAUCAGUUUUAAUUCAGGUAUUUUUUUGUUAGGUUUAUUUUUAAUUUCUGUAGACUUGUUUACUUAUACAUUGCUAUUUUACUCUAUUGUCAGAUGAUUUUACUUGUUAAAGAAAAAGUGAAAAGUUGGGCAUUAAUGGCCUUAAUUAGACUAUCUGUCCAUGUCUUUUGUUAACUCAUCACUCGUCCCCAGUCCUCUCAUCAACUUCGGAAUGGCUAAUAGAGCCAUUCCGAAGUUGAUGAGAGGACUGGGGACGAGUGUUAAAAAGUGCCCAAAUUAAGAAAUGAACCAAAUAACUAAAAAUACCACCUCAAAAUUAGUCAGUAUACAAAUUUGAAGAUGUCUACAUGAAUACCCUUCGAAUAAUAAGCUUUCCAAAAUUGUGAAAUUACUGAUUAAAAGAUUGUUUUGGGGACGCGCGUCCCAAAAACAAAAAUUACAAUACAUUUCAUAGUAAAUAUCACGAUUUUCGAAAGCUUAUUAUUCGAAGGAUAUUCAUGUAAAUCAGUAAAUGUCUUCAACUAAUUUUGACUAAUUUUGAGGUGGUCUUUUUAGUGAUUUGGUUCAUUUCUUAAUUUGGGAACUUUUUAACACUCGUUCCCAGUCCACUCAUCAACUGCGGAAUGGCUAAUUGGGCCGUGCAUUGACUGGGAAUCUCCCGAAUUGAAUCUGAAACUCCCGAUGUUUCAGAAGCAUUUGCUUAUCAUUGAAGACUUUCAUGUUAAAAAUGAAUGUAUCAACUUCUUUAAUGCAUAGUCGUCAGUGAAUUUCUUAUUUGAAAUCACUGUGAUUUUAUAGUGCAUGGUCGGAAUAUAAUCAGUUUUGAGGUCAUAAGACAUCAUGACAAGUAGCUGUCUAGAUGGGUGGUUCACAGAUUUAUGAUGAUUUCGGUGAAAGUUUUACACGAACUAAGCAAGAUUUUCGAAGUCUUUAAACAUGUUUUGUCCACGUAAUUUUAGAAAUGCAAUCUCCCUUUAAUGAAACCUUUUCCAGUUUUGAGAAAUCUGCAGUAUGUGCACCAUGGCCUACGUGAAUGUAACAAAGUUUGUUGUUUCUUGUCAUUGUUGUUAGUUCGUGUCAGUACAGAUGAAAAGAUGAAGUCGCUUAAAGAUUGUUUGGGAAAUGCAGCAGUUUUUCGUACAACUAUACCUUCUGAAU